UUUCCUGGCGUAUGGAUGCUUACAUAGAAACGAUGCGUUCAUCUAUAAAUUAAACUUAAGCAGUGUUUGCACUUAGCUAAAUCUACAUGGUUCGGAGAUGCAGACGGCUGCUUUGUGUCCUAGCCCCUACUGCCCACGGACGACUGAAAGGCACCUUAGAGAUCCGCUCCUUCUCAGUCUCUUCUCCCACCCUUGGAGCCUUCGGUGCUUCCGAGGCUGGUCUCAAGACGUAAGAGCACUGGGAAAGGAUGUGAAAAUUAAAACACGACUCUGAUUUUUUUCGACACAAAGGCCGCAAACAACGCUAGCUCACAACGACUUAUAAAAUAUUUCAUAUCCAGAAGUUGGAGGGCUACAAAGUCCAAGCCGUCCAGGCCAGCCUGCAGAGGCUGCGUACGCUUCCGCCUUGCACAAACCGGGUAGGCGCCGCGUCGCGACGAAGGCAGCUGCAGAAGAGGAAGAGCAUCACCUGCAGUCCGAGGCGUGGGAAACGCUGCCCGCGGGCUUUGGAAGCCGAGGCGCGCGCGCCGCGGGGCCCCGGGGCGGCUCCGGUGCUGAGUUCGAGGAACGCUGGCGCUCGGCGGAGCCCGGGAGAACGCGGCGGGGUGGAAAGGGGCAGUCGAUUCCCCGUGGGGACGGCCGAGGCCGCGGACGCCGCUUCAGCAGGGCCGUCCGCCACAGCCUCCGGGAGCGCAGCCGCGACUGCCGCCGAGGCCAACCCAGCCGGAGAAUCCCGGCCGCGCCGGGGAGCCGGGGGCGAGGCGGGGCGCUGACGUCACAGCCCCUCACCCCGCCGUCCUCCAAGAGGGAGGGAGUGGGGAACGGAGGCACUGAUCCGCCGCAGCUCCCGGCCGCAACUCCUCAACUCGGCGGCUGGCUGCCUGGACAUGUCCUGACAAACUUGGCUUCUCCUCGGCCCUCUCCGUAGCCCUCGUGUGCUCUCCUUCCGCCUCCUUUUGGGGCUCAAGUUUCAUCGAGGUCGCUAGCCCCAGGAGAUGCGACCACCGGGGUCCGGGCAGCGCAGACGGAUCGCACUCUGGUUGGGGAUAUGCUGAAGAUCCGAGGGCGGCAAAGUUGGUACUUCAGCCACGGCUCGUAACACACAGCCAAACGCGUGGGCAUUACGGGGCGGCCGGGGACUUUAAAGCGCACCUCCGAGGACUCGGCUGGACGACUCCUGAGAGUUGAGCAAUGGGGAGACAUUUGGCCUUGCUUCUGCUUCUGCUCCUCCUGCUCCAACAUUUUGGAGACAGUGACGGGAGCCAAAGACUUGAAGAGCCUCCUCCUCUACAGUUUACACAUUUUCAGUACAAUGUCACUGUGCAUGAGAACUCCGCGGCUAAAACCUAUGUUGGGCAUUCUGUGAAGAUGGGUGUUUACAUUACAAAUCCACUGUGGGAAUUAAGGUACAAAAUUGUUUCAGGAGACAAUGAAAACCUGUUCAAAGCUGAAGAGUACGUGCUCGGAGACUUUUGCUUUCUAAGAAUAAGGACCAAAGGAGGAAAUACAGCUAUUCUUAAUAGAGAAGUGAAAGACCAUUAUAACUUGAUAGUUAAAGCAGUUGAAAAAAAUAGCAAUGCUGAAGCACGAACAAAGGUUAGGGUGCAAGUGUUGGAUACAAACGACUUGAGACCAUUAUUCUCACCCACCUCUUACAGUGUUUCUUUACCUGAAAACACAGCUAUAAGGACCAGUAUUGCAAGAGUCAGUGCCACUGAUGCAGACAUAGGAACUAAUGGAGAAUUUUACUAUAGUUUCAAAGACCGAACUGACAUGUUUGCUAUUCACCCAACCAGUGGUGCAGUGGUCUUAACUGGUAGACUUGAUUAUCUAGAGACCAAGCUGUAUGAGAUGGAAAUCCUUGCUGUGGACCGAGGAAUGAAAUUGUAUGGUAGCAGUGGUAUCAGCAGCAUGGCCAAGCUAACAGUUCAUGUAGAGCAGGCCAAUGAAUGUGCUCCCGUGAUAACAGCAGUGACUUUGUCACCAUCAGAGCUGGACAGUGACCCAACAUACGCAAUUGUAACAGUGGAUGACUGUGAUCAGGGUGCCAAUGGGGAAAUAGCUUCAUUAAGUAUUGUGGCAGGUGACCUUCUCCAACAGUUUAGAACAGCGAGAUCCUAUCCAGGGAGUAAAGAAUAUAAAGUCAAAGCUGUGGGCGCCGUUGACUGGAACAGUCAUCCUUAUGGCUACAAUCUGACGCUACAGGCUAAAGAUAAAGGAACUCCUCCCCAGUUCUCUUCUGUGAAAGUGAUCCAUGUGACUUCUCCACACUUCAGAGUUGGGCCAGUCAAGUUUGAAAAGGAUGUUUACAGAGCAGAAAUCAGUGAAUUUGCUCCUCCCAACACACCUGUGGUCCUUGUUAAAGCGAUUCCCAGUUAUUCGCACUUGAGGUAUGUUUUUAAAAGUACACCUGGGAAAGCUAAAUUCAGUUUAAAUCACAACACCGGUCUGGUUUCCAUUUUGGAACCAGUUAAAAGACAGCAGGCUUCCCAUUUUGAACUUGAAAUAACAACAAGCGACAGGAAAGCCUCCACCAGAGUUUUGGUUAAAGUCUUAGGUACAAACAGCAACCCCCCUGAAUUUACCCAGACGGCAUACAAAGCAUCUUUUGAUGAGAAUGCUCCUGUUGGUACCACCGUCAUGAGCGUGAGUGCUGUAGACCCUGAUGAAGGUGAGAAUGGGUAUGUGACUUACAGCAUUGCUAAUGUAAAUCAUGUGCCAUUUGUGAUCGACCACUUCACUGGUGCUGUGAGUACUUCCGAAAACCUGGACUAUGAACUGAUGCCUCGGGUUUACACUCUAAGGAUCCGAGCAUCAGACUGGGGCUUGCCAUACCGCCGAGAAGUUGAAGUCCUUGCUACGAUUACACUGAAUAACUUGAAUGAUAAUACGCCCUUGUUUGAGAAAAUAAAUUGUGAAGGAACGAUUCCCAGGGAUCUAGGCGUGGGCGAGCAGAUCACCACUGUUUCUGCUAUUGAUGCUGAUGAACUUCAGUUGGUACGAUACCAAAUUGAAGCUGGAAAUGAACUAGAUUUGUUUAGCUUAAAUCCCAACUCUGGAGUUUUAUCAUUAAAACAGUCACUAAUGGAUGGCUUAGGUGCAAAGGUGUCUUUUCACAGUCUGAGAAUUACAGCUACAGAUGGAGAAAACUUUGCCACACCAUUAUAUAUCAACAUAACUGUGGCUGCCAGUCGUAAGCUAGUAAACUUGCAGUGUGAAGAGACUGGUGUUGCCAAAAUGCUAGCAGAAAAGCUGCUGCAGGCAAAUAAAUUACACAGCCAAGGGGAAGCUGAGGAUAUUUUCUUUGAUUCUCAUUCUGUCAAUGCUCAUGCACCUCAGUUCAGAAGUACUCUUCCAAGUGCUAUAAAGGUAAAGGAAAACCAUCCCUUGAGUUCCAGUAUAAUUUUCAUGAAUGCCACUGACCUUGACUCUGGCUUCAAUGGCAAACUGGUCUAUGCUAUUUCUGGAGGAAAUGAGGAUAGCUGCUUCAUUAUUGACAUGGAAACAGGAAUGUUGAAAAUUUUAUCUCCACUUGACCGUGAAACAACAGACAGAUAUACCCUGAAUAUUACUGUCUAUGACCUUGGUAUACCACAAAAGGCCGCUUGGCAUCUUCUAGAUAUCAUAGUUCUAGAUGCCAAUGAUAAUCCGCCUGAGUUUUUACAGGAGAGCUAUUUUGUUGAAAUGAGCGAAGACAAAGAGGUCAACAGUGAAAUCAUCCAGGUUGAAGCCACUGAUAAAGAUCUAGGCCCCAAUGGACAUGUGACAUACUCUAUUCUUACAGACACAGAUAAGUUUUCAAUUGACAGCACAACUGGUGUUGUUAAAAUUGUGCGCCCUUUGGAUCGUGAAGUACAACAUGUGCACUACUUAAAAAUUGAAGCUAGGGAUCAAGCCAAAGAGGAACCCCAGCUGUUUUCCACUGUGCUUUUGAAAGUCUCACUAGAAGAUGUUAAUGACAACCCACCUAAGUUUAUUCCCCCUAAUUACCGGGUGAAAGUUCGAGAGGAUCUCCCAGAAGGAACCAUAAUCAUGUGGUUAGAAGCCUAUGAUCCUGACGUAGGUCAGUCUAGUCAGGUGAGAUACACUCUCAUGGACCAUGGAGAAGGACACUUUGAUGUUGACAAGCUCAGUGGAGCAGUUAGAAUCAUCCAGCAGCUGGACUUUGAGAAGAAGCAAGUCUAUAAUCUCACCGUGAGGGCCAAAGACAAAGGGAAGCCAGUUUCUCUGUCUUCUACUUGCUAUGUUGAAGUUGAGGUCAUUGAUGUGAAUGAGAACCUACACCCACCAGUGUUUUCCAGCUUUGUGGAAAAGGGCAUAGUGAAGGAAGAUGUUGCUAUUGGUUCGUCAGUAAUGACUGUGUCGGCUCACGAUGAGGACACAGGAAGAGACGGGGAGGUCCGCUACUCCAUUAGGGAUGGUUCUGGUGUUGGUGUUUUCAGGAUUGAUGAAGAAACAGGUGUCAUAGAGACAGCAGACCGGCUGGACCGUGAGUCGACCUCCCAUUACUGGCUGACAGUCUAUGCAGCUGAUCAGGGUGUUGUGCCUCUUUCAUCAUUUAUAGAGAUUUACAUAGAGGUUGAGGAUGUCAAUGACAACGCACCACAGACAUCAGAGCCUGUUUAUUAUCCAGAAAUAAUGGAAAAUUCUCCCAAGAAUGUUUCUGUGGUACAGGUUGAGGCAUUUGAUCCAGACUCUAGCUCUAAUGACAAGCUGACGUACAAAAUUACAAGUGGAAAUCCUCAAGGAUUCUUUGCAAUACAUCCUAAAACUGGUCUCAUCACAACCACAUCAAGGAAACUAGACCGAGAGCAGCAAGAGGAACACAUUCUGGAAGUUACUGUGACAGACAACGGUAUUCCCCCUAAAUCAACCAUUGCCAGAGUAAUUGUGAAAAUCCUUGAUGAAAAUGACAACAAACCUCAGUUCCUGCAAAAGUUUUACAAAAUUAGACUCCCAGAGCGGGAAAAGCCAGAACGAGAAAGAAAUGCCAGACGUGAGCCUCUCUAUCGCGUGAUAGCGAUGGACAAAGAUGAAGGUCCCAAUGCGGAAAUAUCCUACAGCAUUGAAGAUGGCAAUGAGCAUGGCAAAUUUUUUAUCGAACCAAAAACUGGAGUGGUUUCAUCCAAAAAGUUCUCUGGAGCUGGAGAAUACGACAUUCUUUCAAUUAAGGCAGUUGAUAAUGGUCGCCCUCAAAAGUCAUCAACCACUAGACUCCAUAUUGAAUGGAUCUCUAAACCCAAGCCAUCCUUGGAGCCAAUUUCAUUUGAAGAAUCAUUUUUUACUUUUACUGUAAUGGAAAGUGAUCCAGUCGCUCAUAUGAUUGGAGUCAUAUCUGUUGAGCCACCUGGUAGACCUCUUUGGUUUGACAUCACUGGAGAUACACUUGCUAGAGAAGUUUUUUACAUCUUUCAGAUGACUUGUGACCUGAACUGUACAGCAGAAGGUGGCAACUAUGAUAGUCACUUUGAUGUGGACAAGGGCACUGGAACCAUCAUUGUUGCCAAACCUCUUGAUGCAGAACAGAAAUCCAACUAUAACCUCACAGUCGAGGCUACAGAUGGAAGCAGCACUAUCCUUACACAGGUAUUCAUCAAAGUCAUAGAUACAAAUGACCACCGUCCUCGGUUUUCUACAUCAAAAUAUGAAAUUGUUAUUCCUGAAGAUACAGUGCCGGAAACAGAAAUUUUGCAAAUCAGUGCUGUGGAUAAAGAUGAGAAAAACAAGCUAAUUUAUACUCUGCAGAGUAGUAUAGAUCCAUUGAGUCUCAAGAAAUUUCGUCUUGAUCCUGCAACUGGCUCUCUGUAUACCUCUGAAAAACUUGACCAUGAAGCCAUCCACCAGCAUGUUCUCACAGUCAUGGUACGGGAUCAAGAUGUCCCUGUAAAACGCAACUUUGCAAGGAUUAUUGUUAAUGUCAGCGACACGAAUGAUCAUGCCCCAUGGUUCACCAGUUCCUCUUAUGAAGGGCGGGUUUAUGAAUCAGCAGCUGUGGGUUCAGUUGUGUUGGAGGUUACCGCUCUGGACAGAGACAAAGGAAAGAAUGCUGAAGUGCUGUACUCAAUUGAAUCAGGAAAUAUUGGAAAUUCUUUUACAAUUGAUCCUAUCUUGGGCGCUAUAAAAACUGCUAAAGAAUUAGAUCGAAGUAACCAAGUGGAAUAUGACUUAAUGGUCAAAGCUACAGACCAAGGCAAUCCACCAAUGAGUGAAAUGACUUCUGUGCAUAUCUUUGUCACAAUUGCUGACAAUGCCUCUCCUAAGUUUACAUCAAAAGAAUAUUCUGUUGAAAUUAGUGAAACCAUCAGCAUUGGGAGUUUUGUGGGGAUAGUUACAGCCCAUAGUCAGUCAUCAGUGGUAUAUGAAAUAAAAGAUGGAAAUAUAGCUGAUGCUUUUGAUAUUAAUCCACACUCCGGAAGUAUCGUCACUCAGAAAGCUCUGGAUUUUGAAACUCUGCCCCUUUAUACAUUGACAGUACAAGGAACUAACAUGGCUGGGCUGUCCACUAAUACAACUGUUCUGGUGCAUCUACAGGAUGAGAAUGACAACUCACCAGUUUUUAUGCAGACGGAAUAUAUAGGACUCAUUAGUGAAUCAGCUUCAAUUAACAGUGUGGUCCUAACAGACAAGAAUGUCCCACUGGUGAUUCGAGCAACUGAUGCUGAUAGAGAAUCAAAUGCUUUGCUUGUUUAUCACAUUGUUGAACCAUCUGUACACAAAUAUUUUGCUAUUGAUUCUAGCACUGGGGCCAUUCAUACAGUACUAAGUUUGGACUACGAAGAAACAAGCAUUUUUCACUUUACUGUACAAGUUCAUGACAUGGGAACACCACGUUUAUUUGCAGAAUAUGCGGCGAAUGUGACUAUACAUGUAGUUGACAUUAAUGACUGUUCUCCUGUGUUUUCUCAAUCCUUAUAUGAAGCAUCUCUCUUGUUGCCAACAUACAAAGGAGUAAAAGUCAUCACUGUAAAUGCUACAGAUGCUGAUUCAAGUGCAUUCUCACAGUUAAUGUACUCCAUCACCGAAGGCAACAUUGGGGAGAAGUUUUUUAUGGACUACAAGACUGGUACUAUAACCGUACAGAACACAACUCAGUUAAGAAGCCGCUAUGAGUUAACCAUUAGAGCUUCUGAUGGCAGAUUUGCCAGCUUUACUUCUGUGAAAGUUAAUGUGAAAGAAAGCAAAGAAAGUCAGCUAAAGUUUACCCAAGAUUUCUACUCUGCAAAAGUUAUGGAGAAUUCCACUGAAGCCAAGACAUUAGCUGUCAUUACUGCUAUUGGGAAUCCGAUCAAUGACCCUUUGUUUUACCAUAUCCUGAACCCAGAUCGCCGAUUUAAAAUAAGCCGCACUUCAGGAGUACUGUCGACCACGGGUAUACCAUUUGAUCGUGAACAGCAGGAGGCAUUUGAUGUAGUUGUAGAAGUGACAAAAGAGCAUAAACCUUCAGCUGUGGCCCACGUUGUUGUGAAAGUUACUGUAGAAGACCAAAAUGAUAAUGCACCCGUGUUUGUCAACCUUCCCUACUAUGCUGUUGUUAAGGUGGAUACUGAGGUGGGCCAUGUCAUUCGCUAUGUGACUGCUAUAGACAGAGAUAGUGGCAGAAAUGGGGAAGUGCAUUACUAUCUCAAGGAACAUCAUGAACACUUUGAAAUUGGGCCGUUGGGUGAGAUUUCAUUGAAAAAACAGUUUGAACUCGACACCUUAAAUAAAGAAUACCUUGUCACAGUCAUUGCAAAAGAUGGUGGAAACCCAGCUUUUUCAGCUGAAGUCAUCGUUCCAAUCACUGUUAUGAAUAAAGCCAUGCCCGUGUUUGAAAAACCUUUCUACAGUGCAGAGAUUCCAGAGAAUAUCCAGAUGCACAGCCCAGUUGUCCACGUGCAGGCCAACAGCCCAGAAGGGUUGAAGGUGUUCUACAGCAUCACAGAGGGAGACCCUUUUAGCCAGUUUUCUAUUAACUUCAAUACAGGAGUUAUAAAUGUCAUAGCUCCUCUGGAUUUUGAGUCCCACCCAGCAUAUAAACUGAGCAUCCGAGCAACUGACUCCUUGACUGGGGCUCAUGCUGAAGUCUUUGUUGACAUAAUAGUGGAAGAUAUCAAUGACAACCCGCCUGUGUUUGUUCAGCAGUCUUACGCAGCAACCCUGUCUGAGGCAUCUGUAAUUGGAACAUCUGUGAUUCAAGUUAAAGCAACAGAUUCUGAUUCAGAACCAAAUAGAGGAAUUUCAUACCAGAUGUUUGGAAAUCAUAGCAAGAGUCAUGAUCAUUUUCACAUAGACAGCAGCACUGGUCUUAUUUCACUAGUCAGAACUUUGGAUUAUGAACAGUUCCAACAGCAUAAGAUUUUUGUAAGGGCUGUUGAUGGCGGCAUGCCCCCACUGAGCAGUGACGUGAUUGUCACUGUGGAUGUCACUGACCUCAACGAUAAUCCACCACUCUUUGACCAACAGGUUUAUGAAGCCAGAAUUAGUGAGCAUGCUGCUCAUGGGCAUUUUGUGAUGUGUGUGAAGGCCUAUGAUGCAGACAGUUCAGACAGAGAUAAGUUGGAGUAUUCCAUUCUGUCUGGCAAUGAUCAUAAGAAUUUUGUCAUUGACAGUGAAACAGGGAUUAUCACACUCUCAAACCUGCGCCGGCACACCUUGAAGCCAUUUUACAGUCUUAACGUUUCUGUUUCUGAUGGAGUUUUCAGAAGUUCAGCUCAGGUUCAUGUAACUGUAAUUGGAAGCAAUUUUCACAGUCCUGUUUUUCUUCAGAAUGAAUAUGAAGUGGAACUAGCUGAAAAUGCCCCCUUACAUACCCUGGUGAUCGAGGUUAAAGCAACCGAUGGGGACUCUGGUAUUUAUGGUCAAAUUACUUACCACAUUAUAAAUGACUUUGCCAAAGACAGGUUUUACACAAAUGAGAGGGGGCAGAUAUUUACUUUGGAAAAACUUGAUCGGGAAACCCCAGCAGAGAAGGUAAUCUCAGUUCGUUUAAUGGCCAAGGAUGCUGGAGGAAAAGUUGCUUUCUGCACCAUUAAUGUUAUCCUUACAGAUGACAAUGAUAAUGCACCACAGUUUCGAGCAACCAGGUAUGAAGUGAACAUAGGAUCCAGUGCUGCAAAAGGGACUUCGGUUGUCAAAGUUAUUGCAAGUGACGCUGAUGAGGGAUCCAAUGCUGAUGUCACCUAUGCUAUUGAAGCAGAAUCUGAAAGUGUUAAGGAGAAUUUGGAAAUUAACAAACUCUCUGGUGUAAUAACUACAAAAGAAAGCUUAAUUGGCUUAGAAAACGAGUUCUUCACUUUUUUUGUUAGAGCUGUAGAUAAUGGGUCUCCCCAAAAAGAAUCUGUAGUUCCUGUUUAUGUCAAAAUACUUCCACCAGAAAUGCAGCUUCCGAGAUUCUCAGAACCAUUUUAUACCUACACAAUUUCGGAAGACAUGCCUAUUGGCACAGAGAUAGAUCUCAUCCGGGCAGAACAUAGCGGCACCAUCCUUUACAGCCUGGUCAAAGGGAAUACUCCUGAAAGUAACAGGGAUGAGUUCUUCGUGAUUGACAGACAGAGUGGGCGGCUGAAGCUGGAGAAGAGUCUUGAUCAUGAGACAACUAAGUGGUAUCAGUUUUCCAUACUUGCCAGGUGCACUCACGAUGACUAUGAGGUGGUGGCUUCAGUCGAUGUUAGCAUCCAAGUGAAAGAUGCCAACGACAACAGCCCGGUCUUGGAGUCCAGUCCGUACGAGGCAUUUAUCGUUGAAAACCUGCCAGCAGGAAGCCGUGUCAUCCAGAUUCGGGCGUCUGAUCUAGACUCGGGUACCAACGGCCAAGUCAUGUACAGUCUCGAUCAGUCACAGGGUGUAGAAGUCAUCGAGUCUUUUGCCAUUAACAUGGAGACAGGCUGGAUUACAACUCUGAAGGAACUUGACCACGAAAAGCGAGACAAUUACCAGAUCAGAGUGGUUGUGUCAGAUCAUGGUGAGAAGGUUCAGCUGUCCUCCACCGCCAUUGUGGAUGUUACUGUCACAGAUGUCAACGACAGCCCACCACGAUUCACAGCAGAGAUUUAUAAAGGAACUGUGAGUGAAGAUGAUCCCCCAGGUGGGGUAAUUGCCAUCUUAAGUACCACCGAUGCUGAUUCUGAAGAGAUAAACAGACAGGUUACAUAUUUCAUAACAGGAGGUGAUGCUUUGGGACAAUUUGCUAUUGAAAAUGUGCACAAUGAAUGGAAGGUCUAUGUGAAGAAACCUCUAGAUAGGGAAAAAAGGGACAACUAUCUUCUGACCAUCACAGCAACUGAUGGCACAUUUUCAUCAAAAGCUAUAGUUGAAGUGAAAGUACUUGACGCAAAUGACAACAGUCCAGUUUGUGAAAAGACUUUAUAUUCAGACACCAUUCCUGAAGACACUCUUCCUGGGAAAUUGAUCAUGCAAGUCUCUGCUACAGAUGCAGAUAUCCGGUCCAAUGCUGAAAUCACCUACACGUUAUCUGGUGCUGGUGCAGAAAAAUUCAGACUAAAUCCAGACACAGGUGAACUGAAAACAUUAGCCCCCCUUGAUCGUGAGGAACAAGCAGUUUAUAAUCUUCUAGUCAAGGCCACAGAUGGAGGUGGAAGAUUUUGUCAAGCCAAUAUUGUGCUCACACUAGAAGAUGUGAAUGAUAAUGCACCUGAAUUCUCUGCUGAUCCAUACACCAUCACUGUGUUUGAGAACACAGAACCUGGAACACUGUUGACAAGAGUGCAGGCCACAGACGCAGAUGCAGGAUUGAAUCGAAAGAUUUCCUACUCACUGAUUAACUCUGCUGAUGGACAGUUCUCCAUUAAUGAGUUAUCUGGAAUUAUUCAGUUAGAAAAGCCUUUGGAUCGAGAGCUACAGGCAGUGUAUACUCUUACUUUGAAAGCUGUAGAUCAUGGUUUGCCAAGAAGGUUGACAGCUACUGGCACUGUGGUUGUAUCAGUUUUGGAUAUAAACGACAACCCACCUGUGUUUGAAUACCGCGAAUAUGGUGCCACAGUGUCUGAAGAUAUUCUUAUCGGAACAGAAGUUCUGCAAGUGUAUGCGGCAAGUCGGGAUAUUGAAGCAAAUGCAGAAAUCACCUAUUCCAUAAUUAGUGGAAAUGAACAUGGAAAAUUCAGCAUAGACUCUAAAACAGGGGCCAUAUUCAUUAUUGAGAAUCUGGAUUAUGAAAGCUCUCACGAAUACUACCUGACUGUAGAAGCUACUGAUGGAGGCACACCCUCAUUAAGUGAUGUUGCGACUGUGAAUGUCAACGUAACAGACAUCAAUGAUAACAGCCCGGUGUUCAGCCAGGACACCUACACAGCCGUGAUCAGUGAAGAUGCCGUUCUUGAACAGUCUGUUGUUACAGUUAUGGCCGAUGAUGCUGAUGGACCUUCAAACAGCUAUAUCCACUAUUCAAUUAUAGAUGGCAAUCAGGGAAGCCCGUUUACAAUUGACCCUGUGAAGGGAGAAGUAAAAGUGACCAAACUUCUAGAUCGGGAAACAAUUUCCGGUUACACACUCACGGUUCAAGCUUCGGACAAUGGCAGUCCACCCAGAGUCAGCAUGGCAACGGUGAACAUCGAUGUGUCUGAUGUCAAUGACAAUGCCCCAGUCUUCUCCAAGGAAAACUACAGUGUAAUCAUCCAGGAAAACAAGCCUGUGGGCUUCAGUGUGCUGCAGCUAGUGGUGACAGACAAGGAUUCUUCUCACAAUGGCCCGCCCUUCUUCUUUUCCAUUGUAAGUGGAAAUGAUGACAGAGCAUUUGAAGUGAGCCAGCAAGGGGUCCUCUUGACAGCAGCUGCCAUCGACAGGAAGGCGAGGGACCACUACCUGCUGCGGGUGAAGGUGGCAGAUAAUGGAAAGCCACAGUUGUCAUCUUUGACAUAUGUUGAUGUUCGGGUUAUUGAGGAGAGCAUCCAUCCUCCUGCAAUUUUGCCACUGGAGAUUUUCAUUACUGCUUUUGGAGAAGAAUAUUCAGGUGGCGUCAUUGGGAAGAUCCAUGCAACAGACCAAGAUGUCUAUGACACUUUAACCUAUAGUCUUGACCCCCAAAUGGAUAGCCUCUUCUCUGUUUCGAGCACUGGGGGUAAGCUGAUAGCACACAAAAGACUAGAUAUAGGACAGUACCUUCUCAACGUCAGUGUAACAGAUGGAAAGUUUACAACGGUGGCUGACAUCACAGUGCAUAUCAGGCAAGUGACACAGGAGAUGUUGAACCAUACCAUUGCCAUCCGCUUUGCCAAUCUCACUCCGGAAGAAUUUGUUGGUGACUAUUGGCGCAACUUCCAGCGAGCUUUAAGGAACAUCCUGGGCGUGAGGAGGAAUGAUGUACAGAUUGUGAGUCUGCAGGCCUCUGAGCCUCACCCACAUCUGGAUGUCUUACUUUUUAUAGAGAAAUCAAGUAGUACCCAGGUUUCAACAAAACAACUUCUGCACAAGAUUAAUUCUUCUGUGACUGACAUUGAAGAAAUCAUUGGUGUUAGGAUCUUGGAUGUAUUCCACAAGCUCUGUGCAGGACUGGAGUGCCCCUGGAAAUUCUGUGAUGAAAAGGUGUCUGUGGAUGACAAUGUCAUGUCAACACACAGCACGGCCAGGCUGAGUUUUGUGACUCCUCGACACCAUAGAACAGCUGUUUGUCUCUGCAAAGAGGGAAAAUGCCCACCUGUUCACCAUGGAUGUGAAGACCAUCCCUGCCCCGAGGGAUCUGAAUGUAUCACUGACCCCAGAGAGGAGAAGUACACCUGUGUCUGUCCUGGAGGCAAAUUUGGUCAGUGCCCAGGAGGUUCAUCUCUGACAUUUACUGGCAACAGUUUUGUGAAAUAUCGUCUAAUGGAAAAUGAGAACAAAUUGGAGAUGAAAUUAACAAUGAAGCUCAGAACCUACUCUACACAUGCAGUUGUAAUGUAUGCCCGAGGAACUGACUACAGUAUCUUAGAGAUUCAUAAUGGAAGACUGCAAUACAAAUUUGACUGUGGAAGUGGCCCUGGGAUUGUUUCUGUUCAGAGCAUUCAAAUCAAUGAUGGGCAGUGGCAUGCAGUAUCUCUUGAAGUGAAUGGAAACUAUGCUAAGUUGGUUCUCGACCAAGUUCACACAGCGUCAGGCACAGCCCCAGGGACUCUGAAAACCCUAAAUCUGGAUAACCAUGUGUUUUUUGGUGGCCACGUCCGUCAGCAAGGAUCAAGGCAUGGAAGAAGCCCCCAAGUUGGUAAUGGUUUCAGAGGUUGUAUGGACUCCAUCUUUUUGAAUGGACAGGAGCUUCCUUUAAACAGCAAACCAAGAAGCUAUGCACACAUUGAGGAGUCAGUGGAAGUAUCUCCUGGGUGCUUAUUAGCAGCUACGGAAGACUGUUCAAGUAACCCAUGUCAGAACGGAGGUGUUUGCCACCCGUCACCUGCUGGAGGUUAUUACUGCAAAUGCAGCCCCUUACACAUAGGGACAUACUGUGAGGUGAGCGUCAAUCCUUGUUCCUCCAAUCCAUGCCUCUAUGGUGGCACGUGCGUGGUAGACAAUGGAGACUUUGUUUGCCAGUGUAGAGGAUUAUACACUGGUCAGAGGUGCCAGCUUAGUCCAUACUGCAAAGAUGAACCUUGUAAAAACGGUGGGACAUGUUUUGAUAGUUUGGAUGGUGCCGUUUGUCAGUGUGACUCAGGUUUUAGGGGAGAAAGGUGUCAGAGUGACAUUGAUGAGUGUGCUGGAAACCCCUGCCGGAACGGGGCCCUUUGUGAGAAUACACAUGGCUCCUACCACUGUAACUGCAGCCAAGAGUACAGAGGGAAGCACUGUGAGGACGCCGCUCCCAAUCAAUACGUGUCGACCCCAUGGAAUAUUGGAUUGGCUGAAGGAAUAGGAAUCAUUCUUUUUAUCGUGGGGAUAUUUUUACUUGUGGUGCUGUUUGUUGUCUGCCGCAAGAUGAUCAGUCAGAGGAAGAAACGGCAGGCUGAGCCUGAAGACAAGCACUUGGGACCAGCCACGGCUUUCUUGCAAAGACCAUAUUUUGAUUCAAAGCUAAAUAAGAACAUUUACUCAGACAUACCACCCCAGGUGCCUGUCCGUCCUAUCUCCUACACUCCAAGCAUUCCAAGUGACUCUAGAAACAACCUCGACCGAAAUUCCUUUGAAGGAUCUGCUAUCCCAGAGCAUCCCGAGUUCAGCACUUUUAACCCUGAGUCUGUGCAUGGGCACCGGAAGGCAGUGGCUGUGUGCAGUGUGGCCCCGAACCUGCCUCCCCCACCCCCAUCCAACUCCCCUUCUGACAGUGACUCAAUCCAGAAGCCUAAUUGGGACUUUGACUAUGACACUAAAGUGGUGGAUCUUGAUCCCUGUCUUUCCAAGAAACCUUUAGAGGAGAAGCCUUCUCAGCCCUACAGCGCCCGGGAAAGCCUGUCUGAAGUGCAGUCUCUUAGCUCCUUCCAGUCUGAAUCAUGUGAUGACAAUGAAUCUUUGGCUGCUCCUGACCUCAGCAAACCAAGAGGGUAUCACUGGGAUACAUCGGACUGGAUGCCAAGUGUUCCUUUGCCAGAUAUACAAGAGUUCCCCAAUUACGAGGUUAUUGAUGAGCAGACACCCCUGUACUCAGCAGAUCCAAAUGCCAUCGAUACAGACUAUUAUCCCGGAGGUUACGACAUUGAGAGUGAUUUUCCACCACCACCAGAAGACUUCCCUGCGCCUGAUGAACUUCCACCCUUACCUCCAGAAUUCAGUGAUCAGUUUGAAUCCAUACACCCUCCUAGAGACAUGCCUGCUGCAGGCAGCUUGGGUUCCUCCUCGAGAAACCGGCAGAGGUUCAACUUGAAUCAGUAUCUGCCCAACUUCUACCCCGCUGAUAUGUCUGAACCUCAAAAAAAAGGCACUGGUGAGAAUAGUACUUGUCGAGAACCCUAUGCCCCUUAUCCCCCAGGGUAUCAAAGGAACUUUGAAGCCCCCACUGUAGAAAACACGCCCAUGUCUGUGUACGCGUCCACAGCUUCCUGCUCUGAUGUGUCAGCGUGCUGCGAAGUGGAGUCGGAGGUCAUGAUGAGUGACUAUGAGAGCGGGGAUGAUGGCCACUUCGAAGAGGUGACGAUUCCGCCGCUCGAUUCCCAACAGCACACGGAAGUCUGACGCUCAAACUCCCCCCCAAAGUGCCUGGACUUUAACAAACCUAGAGAUUAUAUGUCAUCUUCUGCAUUGUUCUUUGCAGCAGUGCUAAAGCGCUUUCUUUCGGUGAGCUAAAAUUGGCAUGGCUGCACUGAAUCCCGCGCCUCUUGACAAUGUUAGCCAUUUCCAGUGUCCUAACCUACUGUAAUUGGAUGAGACUGUCCUUGGCUGUGCCAUUUCCAAACAUCUUUGUGUAUUUACAUUUGUCUGUGUUUAAAAAAAUGGAACGAAAGUAAGUCCUACCAUCUUGUUAGCAUGAUUCAUGUAUUUAUAUAGAUUUGAUUAUUUUAAUUUCCCGGUCUCUUUCUUUUUGUAAAUUUCAUGUACAGAUUUGAUUUUUCAUAGUUUUAACUAGGUUUUCAAAAAUAUUUUGUGCAUUUGUUUUCAACUGAAUCUUGGUGGUGUUAGUGUCAUUACCUAGCACCCUGAUUUUUAAAUAUAACCAGGGUUUCACUAUAUGUCUUUUUCCACUGAAGUAUGACAUUUCAUUACUACAUUUCAAUAUAGUCAUUUAUUUCUAGCUGUACAUAGGAUGAGGAAAGAUCUGAUACAUGGACAUGUCUUAAAUGGGUUGCUGUAUUUUAGAAUAAUAAACAUUUUUCAUUAUUGGAAAGUGUAAUGGGGACCUUAUGCAUACCUGUUUAGAACCAAAACCACCACGACACAGUUUUUAUAGUGUCUGUAUAUUUGUGAUGCAAUGGUCUUGUAAAGGUUUUUACUGAAAACUACCAUUAGCCAGUCUUUCUUACUGACAAUAAAUUAUUAAUAAAAUACUUUAGCUUUA